ACAAAACAAACAUGCAGAAACAGAACUCCUCCCCACAGACCGGUGCGACCCAGAAACCCAUCAUUCCUCAGGUCCGGUACCACUGGUCCAUCCAGUCCUCAGGAGGUGGAGCUUCAGCCAAACCCAGCAGCCACAAACCCAGAACCGGUACCGCUCGCCCUCGUCAGAACAGAACCAAGUCUGACACGGUCCAGGAGAACAACAGGGCUGGUUCUGCUGUUAGACCAGAACCGGACAAAGAUCCAAAUUCUGCUGGAGAUGGAGCACCUCCCAGACCGGAGCAGGUGCCGUUGGUUGUGAGCGCUCACCUGGACAGGUGUCUGGUGGAGCAGGUGGAGGUUCUGACUCGCGGGCAGAGGACCAACCCGGACUGGUUUACCUGGAGGAAGAACCGGAUCACGGCCUCUGUGGCCCACCGGAUCGCCCACUGCCGCUUCGUUAACGGCAAGAGCAAAACUCCGCCUCCUUCAUACCUGGCUGCAGUCACAGGAGACGGUCCCAGAGUCCAGACCAGAGCCAUGAGCUGGGGGGUCCAGAUGGAAUCUGAGGCAGUUCGUCGGUACCAGACCCUGAAGAUGGCGGCGUUGGACCGGCCGGUCUCGGUCCAGGACUGCGGUCUGUUCAUCGACGCCCGGCGGCCCUGGUUGGCUGCGAGUCCUGACGGGAUCGUGACGGACAGCCGGACCGGCCAAUGGCUGCUGUGCCUGGAGGUGAAGUGUCCCUACAAACACCGGAACAGACGGGUGGAGGACGCCUGCAGGGAGGACCCCACCUUCUGUCUGCAGCUCCAGGACAAAGACGAGCAGAACCACAGAGAACCUCCAGUCUACCACCUGAAGACGUCUCACAGCUAYUUCACUCAGGUCCAGUGCCAGCUGGCGGUGACCGGUCUGAGGUGGGCUGACUUUGUCGUCUUCACCCUGCAGGAGGUAGCUGUGGUUCCGGUGACCUUUGACCCUGAGCUGUGGGACGAGACWGUGUCCAAACUGGAGGUGUUCUACAAAGACGCUAUCCUGCCUCAUGUCGAGACACAGCAGGACAGAUCUGCCUUGAGACCAGAGCUGUAGAUACUGUAUAUAUGUCAAACUAAAAACCAGAACCGGUCCAGCCGGCAGUGGGUCCACAGGAGACACUUGUCUCUAACAGGAAGUCAGGCGAUAAUUUUACUUCUUACAGACUGAAGUAGAAUCCAGGGGUCGGAUUUAUAAAACUGGCGUACGCACAAUUUGAGCCCAGAAACUUGCGUACUCCACUUUUUACACC